CAAAGUCGAACCCGCUCUUUGUGUGUUCAUUGCAAAGCGCCAAAGUGUGUUCGGUUCGUUUCAGUUGCUUCAAACCCUAAUGCAGAUUGCUGUGUUUGUUGGUUCAGGAUUCAUUCGAUUUCUCACUUGGUGAGUGAAGAAAAACGGAAAAGUGUGUGAAAUUUCAAUCAGUUUCUUUUUUGGUUAAAUCUAUGAGUUGGUGCGAAGGCGUUAAGGAACCCCGCGUUCUCGUUGCACCCGAUCCUGGUAGCAGUGGAAAUGGUUUGGCACGAACGAUAUUGCUUCGUCAUCCCAAAUCUGGAAAUGCAACACAGUAUCUCUUUGUAAAUGGGGUGCUUCAAGAACUUCAGUGGUUUAAGAACUUAUAUGGAUCUUGGUUUCUGGGAGAUUAUAUAACUGAAGAUGGUCGGUUGUAUUUAUCCACACCAAUUGAUCCUGUUUUCAUCAUGUUGCCUGUAUUUGAUGAAGCUAGAAUGAAGAAAGGGGAUGAGCCUGGAAAGUUCAGACAGUUAGAUGAGAUCUUGUUUAUUGAUCGGUUCCCUGAUUAUCAACAACUAUUUUCGACUGUGGAGAACUGCAUGCAAGUAGUUUGUGAUGUCAAAGAAGUUGGAUCCUCAAAAUUCUUUAGGCUUGAUGACUCAAAGGUUCUACGUUGGCUGUGCUAUAAGGUUUAUCAGCUGAAAGAGACACUACUGAAAUUGGACAAAAACUAUGCUGUUCAAGGAGAGAAAGAGACAUUGAUGGAUGCAGUCUCUAUAUUAGGAGAGUACUUGAAGGAUGAGCCUUGGUUAAAGCUUUUGUGUAACCACCUUAAGUUAAAUAUACUUGAGGUCAAUGGUAAAGCACAUACAAGCGUUGAUGGAACUAAUAGCUCACAUUUAUGCAAUGAUAUACAGGAACGAAGUGAUGAAAAGAAGGUUUCAAAUGCGAUUGCAAAGAAGGGGGGUAGACAAGCUAAGAAAAUAAAAAUGGAGACAGAAUCACAUAACAUCAAAGACAUGUUUACUAGGGCUACCAGAAAGAAAAGCUGAAUUAUUCCAAUUCCAAUUCCAAUUCCAAAUGGGUCAUUGUCAUAAUUUUCUAAUGUAUCGUAUUCUAUAUCCCUCAAUUACUGGAUAAGCACUGAGUCAGAUCCUAGUUUGUACCGUUAAUGUCAGUAUUUAUUUCAAGAUUUUACUAUUUUUUAUUUA